AAAAUUACUGUCAUGUGUCAACGUUGUCAUUUCGAUUUUUCCAUUGCCGAAUUAUGUAAAAGUGUGUAAAGAUUUUAUUUAUUUGUUUUAACGAAGAUUAGUCAAUUUCCAUCGUGAAAACAACAAUAUAGCAACCUUUUACGACUUAGAAAACUUAAAAUGGCGCGUGGAAAUAAAAACGAACCUGAAGAUGACUAUUCAGCGAAAUUGGACAUGUGUCUAACCGACGGCAUUGUAAAGACAGGCAGUGGUGUUCUCAUCGGAGCUCUGACCUCAGUCUUGUUCUUCAGACGGAGGAGGUGGCCCAUCAUCGCCGGCAUGGGUAUGGGUAUAGGUCUGGCCUAUGCCAACUGCGAGUUUGAACUGAACUCAAAGAAGAAAAAUGCUGCAUAAAUUAAUUUACAAUAAGGUCUACGGUAACCAGGUA